AUGUCGGCUCUCUGGCAGGCAGCCACCUCCACAAUGUUCAACUACUCCACCCAGAAGGUGGUACAGUUGAAUUCCAAGUGGGUCGGUGUCUUCUUCCGUCUGAUGCAGCUGGGAAUCAUCCUCUAUGUCAUCGUCUGGGUAAUGAUCUUCCAGAAGGGCUACCAGAAGUUUGACGAAGCCCUCAGUGGCGUCACAGCCAAAGUGCGCGGUGUGGACUUCACCAACACGUCCGCCUUCCAUUCCAGCGGUCUGGUGGUGUGGGAUGCUGCGGACUACGUCAUUCCGCCACAACAGAAGGCAGCCUUUUUUGUCAUGACCAGCGUCGGUCUGGCUCUGAAACAGACGCUGGGCUUCUGCGAGGAGUCGCCCUACGUGGCGGGCAGUCGUUGCGUCAGCGCGCAAGACUGUCGAGCUGGCGAGUUGUUGGUAUUUGGAAACGGCAUCAAGACCGGCAGAUGCAUUCCCUCCAGCCUCCUGGCGAAUGUCAGUGUCUGCGAAAUUUACAGCUGGUGCCCCGGGGAGCACCAGAACCCCCUGCCAGCCACUCCCCUGAGAAAUGCGCCCAAUUUUACUGUUCUACUCAAGAACAGUAUAGAGUUUCCUACGUUUCAGGUGAAACGAAGAAAUAUCUUCGAUUGGAUGGAUGUUGACUACUUGGAAACCUGUCUAUACGACCGAGAUCAUGAGACAAUGCGGUACUGUCCCAGGUUUCGUAUCGGUGAUAUAAUCAAAUACAGUGGAGGCGAAACAGAGGCGAUCUGGACUCAAGGCGGUAUUGUCGCCAUCAGGAUCGACUGGACCUGCAAUCUGGACUAUGAUGUGGAGGACUGUCUGCCGAGCUACUCAUUUCAUCGACUGGACGACUCAAAGAGCCUUUAUAUGGCCGGCUGGAACCUUCGAUAUGCUGACCACUUCGUGGAGCAGGGAGGACGUGCUCGUUAUCUGGUUAAAGCAAAUGGAAUACAAUUCGUCAUCACGGUUCAUGGCACCGGGGGAAAGUUUGACUUCCUGACUUUCUCCAUGAAUCUGGGCUCCGGUCUGGCCCUGUUGGGAAUCGCCACUCUCCUCUGCGACAUGAUUGUGCUGAAUUUUGUACGCAAACGGUCCAUGUAUCGAAAGGCGAAGGUGGAUCUGUUGGAGAAGCAACGGCGAAAGAUGCGGGUGAGUCGGGUUCGCAGCACGCUGGAGGAGAUGUUCUCAAAGUCGGCUUCUGUCCUGGAAAACCAAAACGAACCGGUCAGCCGCAGGAAAAGCCAGACAGCAGACGGACGUCGUCAGGCGAACCGCCAGCGGACACGCAGCUACGAGCUACAACGCCAGUCGGACGUUCGCGCGAGAAACGAGCUGACGGACAGACCGUGUCCGGCGGUUCGCCGGCGUGCUGAAGUGUCUGCAACAGCCUUAUCAUCUCCGGCAACAGUCAGGGAAGCUUCUCGAUUCCAUGAGACGACACCUACGGAAGAUGCAGUACGGCCUCCAAUUGCCGACUGA